AUGGCGCUCUCCGCCGCUCGCCGGCUCUCCACCACCACCACCACCUCCACCUCCUCCUCGGCCGCAGCCGCCGCGGCGCCGCCGAAGCUCUCCUCGCUGUUCCGCAACCCGAAGCCUCGACCGCGGCCGGACCCGGGCGUCGAGCUGCCGCGGCGGGGGCCCAGGCCCAGGCCGAGGCAGCCGUGGGAGGAGGAGGCGGGGGCGCUGCUGCGGCGGCUCCACGAUGGGGGCUACCUCCCGGGGCCCGACCUCUCGGCGGCGCCGCACGCCGCCUCCCCCGACGCCGUCAAGGCCGCCGCCGAGCGGUUCGGGCACGACCACCAACCCGUCGCCAAGUGA